GACAAAAACAAUUGCUGUAUAAAGAUUUUGGAUAAAUUUUGCGGUUCGAUUCAGAAAUUUUGACCUGGUGCACGAGCUUGAAUUACCAUUAUGCGAUUACGCGCAUUUUGAUGUAUCGCAACCGCUUGCUACGCCAAAGAAAGGGUCACGAGCUUGAAAUUUGCAUUAAGUACGUAGUUUGUCCUAUCCAAUUGUACAUUAUUUGUCGAAAAAGUGAAACAAUGCAGGGUCCAAUAUACUACCUGUACAAUUCCACAGUAAUUUUUUAAUCUUAUUUAUAACAAUUGCAGUUAUUCUUGCGAAAGAUAGGAAUUCUCCUUUACGGCUUGACCGAGAUCUUUUUUUCUCAGCUACGUAAAGCGCCAAUUAUUCCAGACUAGUUACGAAAUGUUGCAUAUGAAGCAAUUGUUUGUACGCGUUUUUUUAUUCUUUAAUGCGAACGUCAUUACGCCGCUUUAUAACGCAGAAAGUAGAAUCACGCGCGACCUUUGAGACAAGGACGACGCGACGCCUUCCGUUUUCAAAACGCGCGAGAUUUAUCGGCAGGCCCUCGUACUAUAAAAUUCCAGGUAAUUAAUUAACGGUGAAUGCGGGCGAAAACCUGAAUAACGUCACAGCACAAAGGCAUGUCGCCGUCUUUGUCGUCUGCCGUGCUUUCCCACUAUCCCCUACUUUUUUUAAUUAAUUAAACACAGCGUGUGCGCAAGUGCAUACCAAUUUCGUAUGCCUCGGUUCCUGUCUUCAUUGUCGCUGCUUGUCAGUUCGUUUCGUUUGUUUUCACUGUGUAAUUAAAAAGAAGUAUUGUAGGACGUAAGUUGUGUAAAAAUUAAGUGCGCGGGAUUGGUAUACGGGAAAUUAGAAAUAACAUUCUUUCAACGUUCCCCUAAAAUUCUAAUUAGGAUAUCGCUAAUUUGGCGUCAAAUGCCAUGUAAUUUCUGCUCCCAUAACUGAGGCAAUUACCAAUGCAUACGACGGUUCUCUUCCUCCUUGCGCUCGCGUGUGGGGCACAGGGUUUCCUUCGCACCCCCAAAAUCAGCAGAAUUGAUGGGUUACGGCUCGAGUUCUUACAAUCCGAAGAGAUGCUGUGGGACAUGGUCUUCGACGACUCCGAUGACAAUCUCGUCAAGCCCUCGACAGGUGAAAACCCCGAAGUCGGGCUGAUACGCAAAUUUCAACAAUUCGGUGAUGUAUUACAAAAGGAGUUCCCCCACGAUCUAACGUACGGAUUAGAGACAAUCGAAAAUGUCUACGUUUGGGCCAAAACUUACGCGGAACUGCGUGGCGUCUACGCGCUGUACGAGAGCUUCCGCCGCUUUCAAAUUUUACAAACUACUCCAGGUAGAGUUCCCUCGCCCAAGCAGGCCUGGCUUGACUUGGCGCACACUCUCUUGCAAACGGGCAAAUCGUCCGUAAUGCAAGCGCAAACGUCGAUUACCGACUUUAUAACCAGCGAGCGCUUGUACGAUGAGGCUCUUAAGGAGACCCAAGGUGACAUGCUGUGCAGCACGAAUCAGUCGGCCCAGCAGAUGUUGUACAAUCUUUACAACACCAUCGAGCUGACUGAGUUGAAGGGGUACAUGAUGAUGCAAUUCUCUUACAUGCUGCUCAAAUUAUACAAUCAAGGCAACUACACCAAGGAAGCUCAGCUGAUGAGAGAUCGAUACGAGGAACGUACCGUGCAAUCGGUCCAGGCCGUCAAAAAGGCGAUGGAGAGGAGCUCUAGGGAAUUCUGGAAGUGUGAUCCGCCCAAACAUAUUCCAGGCGACACGUACAUUGAGGUCACGCAACUCUUGCAAGGGUACGUGCAGAACGAGGUCGACCUAAACCCGAAGGGCACAUGCAGCGAAACCUGCGCUGAGUACACGUAUACAAAGAGCCACAGCUGUUACAAGAACUUGUACUGUAGACAGCAACGGAGAUGCAAUGGAAAAAUCAUCAACUGCAGAUACAUCGAUUCGGACAUGUGGGUGUGUCCAGCGGAUAGCGUCACCAAUCGAAGAUACGAGUACAUCGAGUACGAAAACGGCAGAGUACUUGGUCGAAAACAAGGUUGCCAAAAGGGCACGGUCAAGGUCGAUAGUUGGUGGAGGUGGUUGUUCUGGCAUUGCUCCUACUGCUUUUGCCUAUGUGACGAACAGGGAGUCUACUCAGAUCGCUAUUUCAACAUGAGAUCCGCCGUCGCCGACAUUGCAAACAACCGGGUAGUGACCGGUCUACGUUUCACCAAGAAAAACCGCAUCAUUCACUUACAAAUUCAAGAAGGCAAGCUUUUACCUCACGGGGGCAUCGAUUCAAGUACGAUCCGCUGGGUGCCGGUCGAAGAUUACAAAAUUACAGAUCGCUACAUUUACAACGGGCAGGAUUAUCACACACUCACCUGGGAACAACGCAGCAUCGACCUCGAUGAUUUAAUAGCGGAUGAUCAGCAUGUGAUGACAGGUGUCCGCUUCAAGAAGAUUGGGACGCACUUAAACUUCGAAAUUUACAUAACCCCCUUCGAUUUUGAGAAAGGACAGUUGUUGGAACCGGCCUAUCGCAGCAUAUGGAAGGACAACUCUAACACUGAUGCAUCGACGCACAACCCAAGGACACAGGUCUACCUGUCAGACCCGGACAUUCCGACCCGUAUACCGAGAGCAUCGAGGCUCGACUCCAAAACCGAUCAGUACAUCGACUUCACUCACACCGACAUGAACCGCGACGCCGCUCAGACGACUGUGCCAUUCCUCGACGCGCAGCCCGUCGUUCCGAAAAUGGCCGUGCCUCUGGCGGGCGCCGGCCUCUACCACAAGGGAUCGAAAAAUUCGGGCGGUUUUAUCGCGCCCAAAAUCGUAACGUACGAUUACAGCCAGCACCUACAUCCCAUCUUUCCAAAGGACGAAUUGGAAAUAAAUAAAUAAAUAAUUUAUUAUAUAUUUGAUAUGUAUUUAUUAUGUAACGAACAAUUUAAGUCGCUAACUUAAGGGUUACAAAAGCUAACCGCCUAGUCUGUAAAUUUAGAAUCAUUUCUGUGAUUUUUUUUAGUACUCAAUAAAAUUAUAGAUAAAUUUAAAAA